AGAUUUGCGAACAACUUUCCGAACAACACAGGGACAGAGGCCGCGAUCGUUGCGCGAAGAGCUAAGAGAUUCAAAGAUGGCAGACAGAAACCCUUCCCCUCCUCGAUUAUCUGCGGAAGAAAUCGAGUUAAUACAGUACGACAAUAUUGGUGAAACAGUUUUUAGUAAGAAAUGGGUCCUAGGAACUCUAAUGAAGUUGGUGCAGUCCCUUCAGAACACGGAGGAUUCCGAAGUUGGCGAAAACGGCGAACACGCUGAACCGCGCGAGGAAGAAAAUUCGCACGAGUUGAGCGAUGCUUUUGAAAGGGAGCUGUGUGAACUAUGGGACAUGUCUAUGAACUCGGAUGUCGCUGCAUUUUUGGAAGAAAUGGAAACAACUGAAGUUCUUCUAGAUGCUGUAUUAAAGUCACAGAAUUCAAGAGUCACAGAAAUAUGUGUUGGCAUUCUGGCAAAUAUGGCCUGCAGUCAUGAUGUGUGUGUCAAAAUGAUGAGAAAUAAAGAUCUCCUUGAUAUUGUGACUGUGUUGCUUGAUGAACCAGAUGCACCAGUUCUUGUGGAGGUAACAAGAUUGAUUCAUGUGUGUUUAAGUAAUGACGAAGUGGAACCACAGUGGAUGACGGUAUUAGAGACAGAAUCGGUCUUCAAGAACUUCAUCUACAUUUUGGAGAACUCUCUGAAUGUGGACCUCCUAACCAACUGUUCACAGGUGGUCGAUAAAGUGCUUGAUUCAAGUGAUGAGAUGUUAAGGACUUGGGCUGACUUGCCUUUGGUUACUGCCGUUUGUGAAGCUAUGAAACAAAUGCAUGUGAGAUCUGAGCAACUGCACAUUGUUGAAACUCUUCUUCAUAUUCUACAAAUGGUAUCCACUGUUGAACAAGGUGUCAGAGGAUUAGUGAAUUGUGUAUCUGUUGUCCCACUGCUGUGUCAUUUUAUUGCCGAGUGUGGACAUGAUGAAGGAGGGAUAAUUGUCGGCCAUGAAGUGUCACUUACUGAAUCAUUCUCAGUAAUGAAUGUAAUUCUUGUGUCAGAUCCCAUUACUGUGCUGACGGCCAUGGAAAAGGAUCCAAGAAUUAUGAAGGUGCUCUUGGGUCUUCUAGGAUAUUCAUGCAAGAUUCAUCGCAAAAGAAGUAAAAAUAGCAUUAACAGACUCUCCUUCACUGAAAGUGAUGAACACAAGUUUGAAAGAAGUAUUAGCAAUGAAGAUACAUUUAGCAGUCUUAAAAAUGACACUGACAACUAUGCAAACAAAUCUGUUUCGUCGGGUGCUGAACCUUCAACAAGUACAAAUUGUGUUCAAAACGAAGAAAAUGUUGAGCUAAGAGAAGAAUUACAAAAAUCUUGUAACCAGGAUAAGCCAGAGGAUGAACUAGCUGAUGAAGCAGAAGCUAACAGAAGAGAAUCAACAGAUGCAAUAGCUUGUUCAUCCAAAGACACAAUAAGAAAUCAGCACGAUGGAAACUGCGAAGUUGAUAUUGCUGACAUUCACCACCAGUACUUUACUGUGGCAACUAGCUUUUUGAAAGAUAUUAUUUCAGAAUCUGCUAAGGCUCCUAAGUGUGUUUCAAGCAUGUUAGCACCUCAUGAAACUCUUCUUCAGAAGAUAGUUCAUUAUGCCAGCAGAAUAACAGCCUACAACACACUGGUAUGCGAGUUGGUAGAAUCAACACUAAGCAUUUCAGAACUGUCCUCUCUACAUAAGAAGCUUUCAGAAAGACUAUACACAGUCAAAAGGUGGGGUCUUGUUUGUGUAAUGUUUCAUCCCUUUCACUUCCAGAGUCAAAUUCAAUAUUAAUAAUACGGUUCUGACACCUUCACUAUUCUAUCCAUUUACCUGAAAGCUUUUUAGUAAUACUUUCAUGAUGGACUUUUUAUCAUGUUGUGCAUGGAUGUGGAACUUACUUUUAAGUAUGAAUGAAACCAUAAUAUGUGUUGUUAAAAAUGAGAACCAUUUUGCUGUUUUUAUUUCUAAUCAGUACUGUACUUUGCUAAAUGCAUUUUGAAAUGAUUAAAUUUAAGCUCUUUUCGAAGUGAAUAGAACAAGUUAUUUGUGGAUACAAGAAAACAAACUUCAAGAACGCAACAGUCACAAAACAGUACUCAUUAUUUUGCUAAUUUUGUCUGUAUUAUAAUUUUUCCUUUCAGGUCUGAGUGGGGCAAACAAAGUGGCAUGUAAUUAUCUUUUCUGAUCUGUUUGUCAAUACUGUUGUUAAAAAUAAUUUAGCAGACUGAGAGAAAAAAUUUGGGAAGAAAGCGUUUGAAUCUCUCCUGGUGAGACAAGCAUUAACUUAACAGUCAUGGAAAACAAAUGCCAUGGACAGGAGUUAUAAAUUAUUGUACAAUACAAUCAAGACAAUGUCUCUGCUAAGAAAACUUGUUAACUUGAAGCUGCCCGGUUCUGAAAAUUUCACUGAAAGCUCUUACUAGCCUCAUGUGCAUAACAUGGACACAGAAAAAAAACUUUGACGACUGGGAUGUGGCAUUGAGCUUACAACACUAUAACUAUCAUUGCUAGUGAACACAAUUCUUCGAAAUGUUUGAGAUACAGUUUAUCAAACUCAAGAGACCUUAUUCCUAAACAUAUAAUGCACAGUGGAGUAUAUUUUACCAACUUGGACAUGUUUGGAAAUAUGUUAAAAUGGUCUUAAGAGUUGAGUGCUUGAUGUAUCUUCUUAAUCAAAACAACAACUAAAUACAAUAAUGAGAAAACAAAGAAAAACAGGGAGAGAAAAUUAAGCUGUGCUACUGAAGAUUGGAUGAUCCAAUCCAUCUAACACAGUCAUGGUUUCCUCUGUUUUAAGUUGAUGAAUUAUUACUAACUGCUUAAGUUGAGAACAUUUCAAGAUGUGCUAGGUGAAUAAAAAUACUUUAGUUUCUAAUCUCAAUUUCAUCAGCAAAAAAUCAGUCCAGUUGGUGUACUCAAUUCUAUUAAGUUGGCAUGUUUGUAAAUAAAUUCAAGUUUGGUCUGAAUCUA